AUGUCGAUGAUCAAGGUGUUCGUUCAACUGAUCGUUCUCUACACUGUAGCAGUAAUGUUCGUAUCAGCUCGACCGUUCCAUGAUGGCCUUACCAGUGGUUCAAUUCUGAUGUCUGGUGGUGGGAAUCUCGAUGGAAUGUACGCAUUCGCACCAUCCAGUGGCUACAACUCAGCCUCGUAUGCGCCUUACUAUGGAAACGGCUUCUUCGGAUAA